AUGGUUGAUCUACCUUUGAAUUCUCCGAUCGAUAUUCGUGCACAUAUUCUCUAUUACGCUUAUCAACGUUAUUCCAUUAAAAAAUCUUAUUCGAAUUAUAAGAAACUGUGCAUAAAAUUUGGAAAACAAGCGAUUUCAUUUGAGGAAUAUGAGUUUCUGUUUAUGCAAUACCUCGGAGUAGAUGAACGAGAGCUCCCAGACAUUCGUGGAUGCAUUCUUUCUAAUGUCAUCAAUGGAAAAUCUGCUGAAAAAUCAAUAGAUGAUUUGUGUGAUGCGUUCAAAAAUCAUAAAAUCGAUAAGGAAGAUCACGAUUAUUGGCAUAGGCGAUUUGAAAAUGGACACUUAUUCACUCGUGUCACAUUCUCCGAUUUCCCAGAAGAUGUGAUCUCUGAAAUUGUUGAGAGAUGUGAUAUCAAGUCAUAUUUGAAUCUCCGAAAUGUUUCUCAUGGAUUUCGAACCGUCAUUGAUCAGCAGCCGCCUCCUUGCACUCAUAUUCAAGUGCAUUGCGGAGGGGACAGGAUGAAAAUCUAUGUAGAUUAUGCACUGAUAGCUGACUCGGAUAAUCACUAUUCAAAUCUACGAAUGAAGGCGUUUUUAAAACGAAUGCACGGAUCACUGACACUUUUGUUGAGAAAUUCGAAACUCCGGCUGAAAUAUUUCGCAUUUUACGCGAAUGCUGCUUCUCGAGAGACCUAUUUGUAUACAAAGGUCGUUAUCAGUCUACUCAACUCAUUGAAUCGUAAAAUCCACGUGGAACGUUGCUUAAUUAGAGUCGAAAGCGAGAGUGAUUUAAUCAGAAUUUUACAAUGUUUUAAACCGGGAACACUCGGAAAAAUUGAGGAAUACAGUAAUUUUCCGUUGAGCAAUCAAAUUGCUGAAAUGGAUCAAUGGAAACAAGCGAAAAAUCUCGUGUUGGAAGGAUACUUCUUUCCGCCGAUUGGCCAUUUACUUCAUUUCUCAACCAUUGAAUUUCGUUAUUAUUCGAAUUCCCUGGAAGACGUGAUCAAGCUUUGUGAAGUAAUUUUGAAGAAUAUUUCCAAUUGGAUCAACUUCACACAUUUCAAAAUAGGAACUGGUUAUAUUCUGGACACAAAAACAAUCAAGAGAGUUCUGAACCUCCAGCCAACUGCCUCUCCACAAAUUUAUACAAUUCCAAAUUCAAAUUUGGUUAUUCAGUUCAAGCGCGAACUCCGAAGACUCAUUGUCUACGACAUUUCUCAAUGGAAAACUAUCGAUAAAUCCUUCAAAAUCUAUGAAAAACUGCGUAAAGUAUUGGGAAACGAGGCAAUUUCUUACGACAACUAUGAGUAUUGGUUCAAUCGAUAUCUCAAAGAGAACUACUAUUCUCCAUAUAAAUCAAGUCCUCCUUUUGUUCCAGACUUAGAAGUCUGCAUUCUCGCCGACGUCAUUGAUGGAAAAUCAAUUGAAAAUUCAUAUAGAGAUCUAUGUGAAGCUUUUGGAAACAAUAAAAUGGAUAAGGAAUAUCAUGCUAGUUGUUAUGGCACUUAUGACUCCGAGGAGCAUCGACACGCCCUCAUCAUGGCUGAACGAUCAAAAUAUUCCAAUGAAGGUCUUCCGCAUACUUAUAAUGAUCACGGCUUGAAAUUCUCAGAUUUCCCAGAAGAUGUGAUCGCUGAAAUUGUGGAUAGAUGUGUCUUGAAGUCAUAUCUGAAUCUCCGAAGUGCCUCUCAUUCUCUCCGUGCAUUUGUCGAUAAACGGCCACCUCCAUGCACCGAUAUUGAAAUCAUUUGCAGAUCCGAUUACAUUCAAAUAAAUGCGGAUAAUGAUAUUCUGGUGCAUUCUGGUCUUGUUGAGCUGAAUCAUUCACGCACUUGUUCUAUGGAUUAUAUCGAAAAACAUGUUUUCCGAGAGCUGGAGUUCGUGUUGAAAAAUCCGAAACUCCGAUUGAAAUCAUUUCGUGUCGAUUUUCAAAAUCAUUCGAUGUUUUUUGAUAUGAAUGGAUCACCUCGGAAAUAUAAGAAAAAUUGUUGCAAAUUGCUCAACUCGUUGAACCACGAAAUCCUCGUGGAACGAUGCGUUAUCAUGACGGAAGACAAAAAAUCUGAAAGACGAAUUCUACGAUGUUUGAAACCGGGAACAUUGGAAAAACUGGAAAUUGAAAACUGGCUUCGGGUAAAUGAAAUUAUUCGAAUCGCUCAAAUGGAUCAAUGGAAACAGGCGAAACAUGUCAAAAUCACUGAUAUUAACGAUCUGCCGAUUGAGCAUUUCUUCCAUUUCUCCACUUUCGAAGUAAAUUUCGAAUCGAUUUCAACAAACGAUUUGGUUCGGCUCUGCGAUAAUCUCUCCAAAUCGAUCAAUUUCGUGUCAUGUACUAUCGAGACAGAGCAUUUAUUGGAUAAUGAGGAAAUUAAGAAUGCACUGAAUCUUCGACCAUCUGAUACUCCGAAUAAGUAUUAUAUACUCAGGCAACUCAAUAUCAAUCUAAUUAGACGCGGCAUCAGUUAG